GGCGGCCUCGCGGAUGAUGCGCUGAAUCUGUCAUGAGCUGCAGAAGCAGAUUACACGGCAUAUGUUGCGCAUUCCAGUCUCACGAACUAGGUUCGCGGCACAUGUUGACAUUACACGCUCUUCCAAUUGUGCUCGAUGUUCUCACCUGGGACAGUUCGAGUCCCACAGACUCGGAUCUCAAGGCUGGGAACUCGGGCCGUCGACAGAUCUGGGCAAACAACUCAACCCGGAAAACAGCAGAUAAUCAGAAACUUCGAAGCCUGAAUUGGUGUCUCGUCCAAUCUACGCCGGCCUAUUCACGGACGCCGAAUUCCAGAACCCUGGCAAAUCCCGCUCGGGAAGACGACUAAUUCUACCAUGCAUGUCCACAGUCGUGCUCUCGGUGGCACAACAGUCAUCCUCGUUUGGCUUUCAUGGCGUGAUUGAUCUGUUGCGUACUUUCGAGAUAAUCGAACCGAACGCACGUCCAGAGCUUAUCUGAACCAGAUUUGGUACACAAAAUCAAGAGUUUAAUCUGUUGACUAUCGUUCCCAAGUCUCUCGCCGCUGCAGACAUCGGGGAUCUCACGAGAAACUCAGUCAACACGUGAACGCUCGAGCUGGUCAUCGGAAUCCAUGACAGGUGCUGAUAUUGAGCACCACAUAACUUCCUCUGUGAUGUAUCCUGUGUAGAGAGCGACCCGUAAUGGUCAUUCUCUCACACACAGCCGGGUGAACGGCCCUGCGUUGACGUCGUGCACUCUGAUAGACCGUUCGGGCGACUGGUGAAGGGGCCACCGAGGUCUCUUCAAUCACAAAACAUUUCGCCGCCCCACCCUCAGAUUUAAAUCGGGACAGAGCGGUGAACUUGGCACGAAGCUUUCGGGACUAUUCCUGAGACAUGUUUUCGACCCCGUGCCCUCAGAAAACCCCUUCCGUCCGUCCUUCUUGUAGCUCUUUUGUCCUUCUGUGAUUUUCUCUGUCAUUCUUUACCAUUGAUAAUUCCGGCUUACGCGUGUCGGCCCUGAUCAGAUGUCUGCACACGCAAGUUCCACUCACUCGAGACGUCGGCUACGGCCUACCGUCUGGGGUUGUCC